AUGCCACCUCUCAAUCCCUUUCUUGCCGCCUUCUUCAAGAGUCCCCUGCCGGCCCAGUGCGCUCAGACCCAGCACUACGUCCUGCUCGUCCCCACCACCGAAAUCCUCCUUACUCAUCGCGAAGCCGAUACGAAUGCCACCGCGCAGGAGAUCCUUCUGUCCGAGGAGUUCAUCGCGAGUCAUGUCCUUCGGAUACCGAGCGGUAGUGCGGCUAAUGGCGCGGCCGCCCCAGAGCCGUUGCCCAACCUUAGAGAUAUGAGGGGCAAGGCGAAGCAGUACAACACGGUAAAUGGUAGGAAUGUUGUCAUAAAGGAUGGCUUCGUGUACAGCAACAAGGGUUUCCGCGCGCCAAACGAAGCGCAGCUACUCUUCGACACGCUAUGGUACUCAGACGCAUUAGAACCGCGCCAAUGGCUCAUAUACUACAUUUCGAAACCCUUGAUCGGAACCUGGGUCGAAGACGUCAUCGUCCCGGCCGUCCUUGUCGAAGGCGUCGGCAAGAAAAAGAUCGAAGAGCAGAACCUCACAUCACCCGCCGAAUCGAGCGAUCGACCGACCAUUGGAAAGAAGAAGGACAUAAAGUUCUUUCACGACCUCCUUAAUCACUUCCCCAUCAUCGCUAGGCAUAUGCAGCCCGGCCUGGAGAGGUUAUUUCGAGACUUCACUGCCGCCUUUGAGCACCCCUUACCUCCACCCCCAUCUGCGCAGACCAUACCAGAUCCCGAACCGGAGGCGGAACCGGAACAGGAUGGAUCUCUCGCUGCGGCCAUCAGGAACGCUCGCGAGAAUGGGAUAGGGCCUGCGCUCGCCACCUCGUUGGUGCAAGCCGACCAUGUCAGUGAGAGGUCGCUACCCGUAACGGAGAACUUUUACGCCGAGGACGACGAAGACGUGAUGAGGGCGACUCUAGAAAGCGCCAUCACUGCCGGUAUUGACAUUUUUCAAUCUGUGGAUAAGCAGCAACUAGCUUUGAUAGGCGCGACGACAGACUUGACCGGUCCCAUCGUCGAGAGACUUAUUGAGCGCUACGUGGCCGAAAACGUCCAUCACCUCUUAUUUCCCAAACUAUGCGCGUUGAAGCGACCAUACGACCUCGAGCUGGAAGUUAAAAUCCGCCAGAUGGAGUUCAUCGAUGUCUCGCAACUCGGCGUAGUAAUCGAGGGCGGCACCAAGGGAAAGCACGAACUCAUCAUCCAGCUAGGGCUCGCGAUAGAGGAGUUCAAAAAGAUGGGCGGCGCAAUGUGUCCGCAGGAGAUGCUGUCCCUCAUCGUCUCGACCGUGAAGACCGCCACGAAGGCGGCCGAGGGCCGAGGGGAGGAGACGCAACCUGGCUCGGACGCGGCUUCUGAAAAGCCCGUGAUGACGGUUACGGCUGACACGCUUGUAUCAUUGCUGUUGUUUGUGGUCAUUAGGGCGCAGGUCAAGAAUCUGCAGGCCCGUCUCACCUACAUACGGCACUUUAUUUUCAUCGACGACAUUGAUACCGGCGAGAAGGGGUAUGCGUUGAGUACGUUUGAGGCGGUUCUCGCGUAUCUUACCCUGGACUCUGCGGGGUUGCGCAAAGCGAGUCGGCGGAACAAGGCUCUGUGGGAUGCUGCCGCCAAGGGGAAUCUAGGGGAGCUGAGGAAGAUGAUGGAGCCUUCAGACGAGGCCCUCGAGGAUGGUGAAUCUUCCGAUUCUGAUUCCGACGUGAAUGUCACAUCAGCUCGAUCGAGUCGACACGCGUCUUGUAGAUCGUCGAGGAGGUCUUCAUUGACGGUGUCGGAGCGGUUUUCUUUAGGGUCUGGGCUAGGCCACGUCUUCCCCUUCGAGGCGAUGGAGGAGGGCGAGGCCGCAGCUGGAGGUCCUUAUUUAUCACAGCAACAACAACAACAACAACAGAUCCAGGUGCCUGUAAAACGACUAAAGAAGGUAUCUAUGGACACGCGCAGCUUGUCCAGCAAUUCUGAGAUAUCUUAUCGGUCAAGAGCGACAAGCUUCGGCACGAUUAACAGCGCGCUUGAGGCUGACUUAUCGGUGGAGAGGCUAUCGCAAACACACGACUCGUUCGGGGAGUCGGUCGUGAUGCAGGCCGUCCAGAACGAACGAGUGGAAGCUUUAAAAUACCUGCUUUCACUUUCGCAGUACUACCCCCUCUCAGUACUACUAGAGGACAUUAACAACGAAGAUACGACGCUCGUGAGCGCCGCGGUACAGAUUGGCAACCACGAGAUAAUAGAUACCCUUCUAAGCCUAAUCCUAUCGACCGCGACGACAGAGCAGGUCACGAAAUACUUUGCAAAGCAGGAUAUCUGGGGUCGCAGCCUGGGCCAUUACCUAUUCCAUGCGCCAUACCUAAUAGCCAAAAUCGGGCCUUUGGUUCCUUGGAGGCAGCGAGACAAGAACGGCCAGACGCCGCUCUUCGCCCUAUGCCGCUCUUACGACCAGGAGAAGUACGCGGCCAUGGUCGCCGCCGGGCUUGACGCUGCCCGCCGCGCACAGAGAGACGGCGAGAGACUUCACCUUGACGACCACAUCGACAACAAGGGAAACACGCUGCUACACAUCGUCACGGACGCGUUGAUGGUGCACCGCAUCCUCGAGCGCUGCGAUGUCGACGUGAAUGCCACCAACGACAGAAAAUUUACGCCGCUUAUGCUCGCGAGCAAGUACGGCCGGUACGACCUCGUGCGGAUGCUCGUAGCCGACCCCCGCGUGGACGUCGCGGCGCGGGAACUGCGCGGCCUCACGGCCGUAGAACUAGCCAAGGACGACGACGUGCGGAACAAGUUCGACGAUCUUACGCUGUUCAGCAUGCCGGCGGGGGCCGACUGGCGCAUCACGGGCGUUGUGCGCGCGUUCUUUGUCGAGGACGGCACGGUGCGGCUGGUGCUCAAGUCGGCGGCCCCCACGGCCGACGGCCACAGCUUCACGGUGACGACGUGCCGGCGAUCUCUGACGGACUUCGAGGCGCUGGCGGACCUCCUCGCGCUCGAGAACCCGUCGUCGUGGAUACCCUCUGUAGCGGUGGCGCGAUCGCCGUUCCAGAUCCCCGUCAAGCCGUCGCGGUCGAUGCUGCGCGAGAUCCAAACGAUGACGGACUGGUUCAUGAAGAUCAUGCUGGCGCAUCCGACGUUUGCGGCACAUGAGACGCUGUGGGAAUUUUUCCUGGUGCCGGAGAUUCGGCUCGAUAUGAUGACUAAGAGGUCGAAGCUCAAGGCUGAGACGUUACUGGAGAAGAUUCGUGAUGAGAUGGAGCCCGUGAGGGAUGUGCGGGAGGUGGAGCAGUUUGUGGAUCAUGCAAGGGAGAUGGUGAGGUCUGUGAAUCACUCGACGAGAAGUGUUACGAGGAGGACGAAUCGCAUGGCGUUGGUGAAUACAGACCUCUACGAUGCUACGAAACUCUUGCGUCGGGCCGUCUCGACGCUUGAGUUCCUCCCACAGCCGUACAAGCUCGCCUUCGACAUCUAUACGCGCUCCCUCGAACCCACGCAAAGCAACCCCUACGACACGCUCCACACGACCCUCCAAGCGCAACAAAGUACCAUAACAGCCCUCCUCUCAGCCCUUUCCCGACCUCCCUCCCUCAUCGCACAGAUCCGCACGGCGCAAAAGGCCCUCGAACGCAGCGCCAUGAGCAACGGCAGCAACUCGCGAUCUACCUCCUCAUCAUCAUCCUCAGGCUCCAAGCUAGGCUGGACGGCCGGGUUCGGAGCCUUUCUGGACGAUCCGCGCAAGCAACAGCGGGCCAGCGAGGAAAGAGAAGAAAAGCUAAGGAGGGCGAGAGGAGAGGUGGAUGAUUUGGGGAGGGAGCUGAGGUACGCGCAGCAGGUGGUGGCAGGGGAGUUGGCGGGGUGGCAGGAUAUGAGGGCGGGGAUGGGUCGGAGGGCGAUUAGGGAGUUUGCGAGGGGGAUGGUUGUUAGGGAGAGGGUGAGGUUGGAGGCUUUGGGGAGGGCGUUGAGGAAGGUGAGGGAGGCGAAAGAAGGGGUGGUCGUGGGAGGGGGACGGGAGAGGGGGACGGGGACGGCAGCAUCAGCGAGGACUGUGAGUCAGAGUCAGGGUUUUGGGCGGAGAAAUGGGAAUAGACAAUCUGGCUCUGGCGUAUAG